GGAUCUCUGGGGGCGUGGAGGAACUGGGAGGGGCGAGUGGAGGCGCGAAUCUAAACCUGGCAAGGUGCACCGCGGCGAACGCCGAGAGCUCCGCGCGGAGGCCAGCGGGAUCCAGGGAAUCGCCCACUGAUGGUUUUUAGUCAGGCCUGAAACAGCCAGCACCAGAGAGCCACCUGAACAGAAGCGCCUGCCAAAGGAAUUUUCCAAGUGCUCAAAAGCCGGGCUUUGCAGCUCCUGUGGUCAGCCCAGGAGGCCACCAGUGGGAUCUGAGGAUCAGCUCCACCUCGGACCAUGCAGGGCCCGAGCCUGCCUCUUCGUGUAGCCACCCUGCUGACGGGGCUGCUGGAAUGCCUCAGCUUUGCGGGCGUCCUCUUCGGCUGGGCAUCCCUGGUGUUUGUCUUCAAAACAGAACAUUACUUUGAGGAGCUGUGUGAACCGAAUGCCAGGCUGAUGGGCAAUGCCACGGGGCUGGAUGACUGCAAAGCCCAGGACGAGCGCUUCUCACUCAUCUUCACCCUGGCAUCCUUCAUGAAUAACUUCAUGACGUUCCCCACUGGCUACAUCUUUGACCGUUUCAAGACCACCGUGGCCCGCCUCAUAGCCAUAUUCCUCUACACCAGCGCCACGCUUACGGUAGCCUUCAUCUCUGCAGACUCAGCUGUGCUGCUCUUCCUGGCCAUGCCCAUGCUCACCGUGGGAGGAAUCCUGUUUCUGAUCACCAACCUGCAGAUCGGGAACCUAUUUGGCAAACACCGCUCAACCAUCAUCACCAUGUACAAUGGAGCAUUUGACUCUUCCUCGGCAGUCUUCCUUAUCAUUAAGCUCCUUUAUGAACAGGGCAUCAGUCUCAGGGCCUCCUUCAUCUUCAUCUCUGUCUGCAGUGCCUGGCAUGUUGGGCGUACUUUCCUUCUGAUGCCCCGGGGGCACAUCCCCUACCCGGUGCCCCCCAACUACAGCUAUGGCCUGUGCUCUGGGGAUCGCCCCGGAGAGGAAGAUAAGAAAACGGUUGAGUCCCAAAAGCUGGAGCUUUCAAAGGAGUUCAUUUCACCAAAGGAAGAGAUCCCAAGACCAGGGCAGCAGCAGGAACCCCGCUCUUUCUGGAGCUACGCUUUCUCUCGGCGCUUUGCCUGGCACCUGGUGUGGCUGUCUGUGAUACAGUUGUGGAACUACCUCUUCAUCGGCACCCUCAACCCUCUGCUGAGCAACUUGGCCAGUGGGGACAGGGUACUAGUCAGCACCUACACAAAUGCCUUUGCCAUCACACAGUUCUUUGGAGUGCUGUGUGCCCCCUGGAAUGGCCUGCUCAUGGAUCGGCUUAAAUACAAGUACCAGGAGGAAGCAAGAAAGACAGGUUCCUCGGCCUCGGUGGUGGCCCUGGGCUCAACAGUGCCUUCGCUGGUCCUGACGUCUCUGCUGUGCCUGGGCUUUGCCCUCUGCGCCUCCAUCCCUGUCCUCCCCUUGCAGUACGCCACCUUCAUCCUGCAAGUGAUCAACCGCUCCUUCCUCUAUGGGGGCAACGCUGCCUUCCUCACCCUCGCGUUCCCUUCAGAGCACUUUGGGAAGCUUUUUGGGCUAGUGAUGGCCUUGUCGGCUGUCGUGUCUCUGCUCCAGUUCCCCAUCUUCACCCUCAUCAAAGGCCCCCUCCAGAAUGACCCGUUCUACGUGAAUGUGACGCUGGUGCUCGUCACUCUUCUGACGUUUGUCCACCCUUUCCUGGUGUACCGGGAGUGCUGGCAGAAAGAAAGCCCCCCUGGGGUCGCCUAGUUCAGAAGCCCUCCCUUUUCAGCCCCGAGGACGUGUCAUCUUCCUUCACCUUUGAGCACCCCGUGUCCAGAAAGACUUUGCCCACCCGGGCUACUUGUAUUAAGUAGCCAUUAUUUUUUCUUAAAACAAAAAGACAUAUUUAACUGUCCACCAAGCCUUCUUAUCGGCAAGACAAGAAGCAAAGUCACGUGCAAGUUCUUAGUUUCAGGGUAGGAAGCGCAUGGCCCUGGCAGAUGCUUGGCCCGAGCUGGGGUGAUGUGAUGGGAGGGUGUGUCCCCUGCUUCUCCAGGCCUCUUUGUCUCUGAAGCCCAUGUGUGCCUGGGCCCUGUGCUGCUGGGUAAGUUUCCAGGUGAAGAGUGAGGUUGUCAUGGCUUCAUUGCCACCUGGCAUUCAGAAGUGGCUCCCGGCUCUCUGUCAGAGCCCCAGCCUUGUUAGGGAACGAGCCUGGGGAGAAAGAGGGGCAGACCGGGUGGGGUGGGGGACCCUGGGCUGAGCCCCAGCUCUGCCGCUGAUGCCGAGUGGCCUUGAGCAGACCCUUCUCCACUCUGAGCAUCAGUAUUCCCACCUAUAGAAGGAGAGGGUCUUGGAGUUGGAGGUUCUUUCUGGAAUUCACGUUCUAGAAGGUUUUAAGAACAGUGACAAAGAGGCCACCCGAAGGGCCUUGGGAACCAGCUAGCCUGCUUGACCAGAGGAUUUCUGAUGAAGCCUUUUGGGGAUGUUUUCCUCUUCAAGAGGGAGAUGAUUAUUUACUUUGGGUAUUAUAUAAAGACGUCCUCUGGGGAAUAGUUUUAUAAUAUAUUGAAUUAUAUAUUAAAUAAUUUUAUUUAAAAAAUAAAGCCUGGGGCUUCCCUGGUGGCGCAGUGGUUAAGAGUCCACCUGCCGAUGCAGGGGACACGGGUUCGUGCCCUGGUCCGGGAAGAUCCCACAUGCCGCGGAGCGGCUGGGCCCGUGAGCCAUGGCCGCUGAGCUUGCACGUCCGGAGCCUGUGCUCCGCAACGGGAGAGGCCACAGCAGUGAGAGGACCACGUACCGCAAAAUAAAUAAAUAAAUAAAUACAUAAGUAAGUAAGUAAAUAAAUAAAAUAAAAAAUAAAGCCUUGGGAGGAGGGGGGAGGGCUGCCCGAGAAACAUCCGUCUGUGGGAACAACAUCGGGGAAGGUUUUUAUGUGCCUUUUUGUUUUUGUAAAAAGGAAAACUCAGAAAGACUGAAAGAAUACAUUUUAUAUCUGGAUUUUUACAAAUAAAGAGGGCUAUUAUAAUGGAAUAAAAAAUAAAGCCUUUCUGCCUAAGGCAAUAGCUGCUCCACCUCUGCAGUCUUUGGGGCUGUCGUGAUGUGCAUGCAUGCGUGCCUGCGUGUUCCUGUCCCAGCCCCAGCCUUGGGGAGUGGACGCAGGGGUGGAGUGGAGGAAUCUUGGUAUGGCAGCUGGACCCAGAGGUGGGGCAGGAGCCCUCAGACUGCGAUCUGGCCACCUGGUCCUGGGCCCUGGGCUUGAGGACCCCCAGCAGUCCCUUCCCUUGCCUUCUCUUUCUGUCUACCCCACCCCUACCCCUAUUGCAACGCUCCCCCCCGACCCCCCCACAAACUAGAAGCACUAGAUGGAAUCAGAAAGUCUGGUGUGAGUUUCAGUUCUACCUUUCAGCAGCCAGGCAAGUCCCUUAGCCACUCUCAAUCACAGCGUCCUCACCUGCAUCCCUGAGGGCGAUUGUGAGAAUUUAAGGUAAUUUCUACUGUCUAGCACGCGGUGAGAGCACUUGAGCAUUUGUUCCUUUGUUUACUGAUGACCGGAGAGGAGGUAGGUAGCAAAG